AUGGGGAACUAUUGUAAUGCAUUUAAAGAAGUCAGAGGAGAUGGAAAUUGUUUCUACACUGCUUUUGGAUAUUAAUUUUUAUCAAUUUUACUAUUUGAUUAUUCUAUUGAUUAAUUCUAUAAAUUCAUAGAGAAAAUCAAAUAAAUUAAUUUACCAAUGAAAAUAUAUGUGACUGGACAAGAUUUUAAAAUAGAUGAUAAAUUAUUAGAAGAAAAGCUUUUAAAAGAAUUUUUGAAUAGAUUAAUGAAAUUAAAAUAAAUUCAAGAUUUAGUGUAAAGAAAAGAACAAUUUCAUAAUUAAUUUGCAGCUUAUGAAAAAUAAUCAGAAGAAGUUGAUGCAUGUUUAUAUGGACUAUCAACUAUAUUUUUUAGAAAUUAUUCCAAUUAUAUUGUUGAUUUUAGUGAAAAAAAAGAUGCCCUUUAUGAUAGAGAGAAUCUUUUAAAGUGGGAAGAAGAAUGCAAUUCAAAUGAAGUUAUUAUUGCAGAAUUAGCUAAACAAUUAAAUAUGUUUUUAUUUAAUAUAUACUUUUAGAUUUGUUUAAUUGAUAUUUAUUGAAAAUAAAGAUUAGCUUAAAAAAUUCUAAUAUGGAAAUGAACAACACAAUAAGAUAAUAUUAUUAAUCAAACCUGGCCAUUAUAAUAUUGGUUAUUUUAUCUAAGAAACAAUCAAUAUUUGA